UUCGCCGAACAGUUGAAGCCUCCACGUUACACACAGCUGCGAGUAUCAGAGCCAAUGGUGUUCAUUAUCUUUGUGACAGACUUUCAUACGUUUGGGAAUAAUUUGUAUUGUUUUUAAGCGACAAAUGAACUCGCUGAGGGAACAAAUCAGAGAGUCCAACUGCCACGAGUAAGCUAGCUCAACUGUUACAACUAACGUUGGAUCUGAGCUUUAAGUGUUUAAGUAUAAAGUUAUACAUGUGUGACAUGUAGCAGCAGGCUGUUGGUGUAGCUGCUAUGAACGAUACUGGGAAGCAAGAAAUCAAAAUUAAACGGGUUUCCUCGAGGAAGAGGUCUCGCGACAGCCUGCACACUCACCUGAGGAAGAGGUCUCGCGACAGCCUGCACACUCACCCGAGGAAGAGGUCUCGCGACAGCCUGCACACUCACCUGACACCUGCCAGGAGACACUUACAGCAAUGUCUCAGCAGCACCAUGGCUGAGAUCCAAGCUGUGGAGUACUGCAGUGACAGUGAGGAUCUGUUUGGGGACUACGACAGCCUCCUGGAGGACAGCUCUCUGCUGGCCAAGCUGGACGAUGUCGAGCACAAUGAAAGACAGCGAGACGUCCAGUCGGAUUUCACCGCUCCGCGGCCGUCGUGUGCCGACGUUCUCACGGACUCCAUCCUGGACGACCUUGGAGACGAUCUCUUGGAGGACUUACCUCCCAGCCUGCAUCAGUUCCAAGAACAAGUCCACGAAGGUGCAAAGAGGAGCAGACUGCAGCGUGCAGAUAAAACCUCCACGCCGCUCAGAAACACGGAGCUUCAAAGAAACACUGAGGGCAAUGAAAGCAAGGUGAGGAGGAGCGUGGCGGAUCAGCUGAAGAGAACGAUGCUCUGUAACGCAGCGUCGCCCGCCGCUGUCUCGCGCAGUGCCGCGUUGAAGGAAGCCGUGGUGUCUGAAGAGGUCAGCGUCGCCAUGCGGGCCAUGGAGGCUGUUUGUGCAGAGAGCACCGACCUCGGGCCGUUCUUCGGGCUGCCCUCCAAAGUGAAGGAGCUGAUGUCCAAGCUGAGAGGGAUCCAGAGUUUAUACGACUGGCAGGAGACGUGUCUGAACCUGGACUGUGUGCAGCGGAGGAAGAACCUCAUCUACUCUCUUCCCACCAGCGGAGGGAAAACUCUGGUGGCCGAGAUCCUCGUCCUCAGAGAGCUGCUGUGCAGGAAGAAGGACUGUCUGUUCAUCUUACCCUACAUAUCGCUGGUGCAGGAGAAGGUCCGCGGGUUAGCGAGCUUCGGCCUGGAGCUGGACUUCAUGGUGGAGGAGUACGCAGGCACUAAGGGCAGGUUUCCUCCCGUGAAGAGAAGGAACAAGAGAUCGCUGUACAUCGCUACGAUAGAGAAAGCCCACAGCCUCGUCAACUCUCUGAUAGAGACCGGCCGGAUCGACGACCUCGGGCUGGUGGUGGUUGACGAGCUUCACAUGUUGGGCGACGGCAGCAGAGGGGCGGUUAUUGAAAUGACGCUGGCUAAAGUUCUCUACAUGACCAAAGCGACUCAGAUUAUUGGAAUGAGUGCGACUCUGGGAAACAUCAGAGACCUGCAGACGUUUUUAAAGGCUGAAAAUUACACCAAUGACUUCAGGCCUCUGAGGGAGUACGUUAAACUGCAGGACACCAUCUAUGAAGUAGACCCGAAGGACGAGGAAUGUUUCAGAUUCUCACGUCUUCUCAAUUUCAAGUACUCGAGCUCGCUGCAGAAGCUGGACCCGGACCACAUCAUCGCUCUGGUGACUGAAGUCAUCCCCACACACUCCUGCCUGCUGUUCUGCCCCACCAAGAAGAACUGUGAGAACGUGGCGGCCAUGAUCUGCAGACACCUGAAACAGGACUUCCUGCAGCACAGGGAGGCGGAGAAAGCCGUCCUCCUCCGGGAGCUGAAGGAUAGCGGCAGCGGCUCAGUGUGUCCGGUGCUCAGGAGGACGGUGCCGUACGGGCUGGCCUAUCACCACAGCGGGCUGACCUCCGAGGAGAGGAAGCUGGUGGAGGAGGCGUACUCCAACGGGGUGCUCUGUCUCCUCACGUGCACCUCCACCCUGGCUGCAGGGAUCAACCUCCCGGCCCGCAGAGUGAUCCUGCGCUCGCCGUACGUCGCCACAGACUUCCUGAAGAGGAGCCAGUACAAACAGAUGGUGGGCCGGGCGGGUCGAGCCGGGAUCGACACCGUGGGAGAGAGCAUCCUCAUCCUGCAGGACAAGGACAGACUUACGGCUAAAACUCUCGUGUGCGCCCCGAUGGAGAACUGCUUCAGCAACCUGAUGCACGACGAUGGAAAAGGCCUCCGGAGUCUCAUCCUGUCUCUCGUUGGAUUAAACAUCACCACGUCGUUGGACCAGCUGAGGGACUUCCUGUGCGGGACGCUGCUGUACGUGCAGCGGAGGCAGCUGUGUGUGGAGAAGAGCCUGACGGAGGAGCUGCGGCAGUGCGUCCACUUCCUGAAGGACAAGCUUCUCAUCACUGCAGACGGUCAAACUCUGCACGUCACCAAGCUGGGGAAAGCUACGUACAAAGGCUCCGUGGAUCUGACCUACAGCAACGUACUCUACAAAGAUCUGUCCAAAGGUCUGGAGGGGCUGCUGCUCAACAGCUACUUGCACCUGGUGUACCUGGUCACACCGUACGACAUGGGCUCCCAGUGCAAGCCUGACUGGAUGUUGUUCUUCAGACAGUUCACGCUGCUGUCCGCUGCAGAGCAGAAGAUGUCUGCAGCCAUCGGAGUGUCGGAGAGUUUCGUUGCUAGAAAAGCUGCAGGACAGACGGUGAGAAAGAGUGUGAACAUGGAGGUGGUGAGCCGGAUGUAUUUGGCUCUGGUGCUGUUCUCUCUGCUGAAGGAGACGAACCUGUGGAACGUGUCCGACAGGUUCCAGCUGAGCCGCGGCUUCAUCCAGAGUCUGCUCAGCUCGUCCUCCGCCUUCUGCUGCUGCGUGCUGCACUUCACCGAGGAACUGGAGGAGUUCUGGCCGUUCAGAGCUCUGCUGACGGAGCUCACGCGGAGGCUGAGCUAUUGCGUGACGUCGGAGCUCAUCCCGCUGAUGGAGGUGGCCGGAGUGAUGGAGUCCAGAGCGAAGCAGCUCUUUCACGCAGGUUAUAAAUCUCUGACUCACCUGGCCAACGCCGACCCGGCCGCUCUCUGCAGAACCAUCGAAAACCUGCAGCAGAAACAGGCCAAUCAGAUCGUGGCCUCCGCUAAAAUGCUGCUGAACGAGAAGGCUGCGGCGCUGCAGGAGGAAGUGGACGAGCUGCUGACGCUGCCUGCAGAUCUGCCCACAGCACGAACACUCUGAGCGUUCACACGUUUUAUUCUCUUUAUUCUUUCAUCUGUUGCAACACUAA